AUGAAGUACGGAAAAGCUUUUACAGUUUACGGCCCUCGGUGCGGUAUAAGUGAAGCCCCUCUAUCUCGGAAGAACGCCGUCGACGGUGGAAGUCAAGAAAUCGCGGCUUCUCAAUUUGUCAAAAAAUUGUUCGUAGAACAAAGAAAUUUCCAUUUGACGAAAAAGGCAAAAGUCGAAAGUGAACAUUUGAGGACAAUGGGGAUCGUCGAAAGGAUUAAGGAAAUCGAGGCGGAGAUGGCCCGCACUCAGAAAAAUAAAGCCACUGAGUAUCAUUUGGGUCAGCUCAAGGCUAAAAUAGCAAAGCUGAGGACACAACUGUUGGAGCCCCCAAAAGGUUCUAGUGGAGCUGGGGAUGGCUUUGAAGUCACAAAGUUUGGCCACGGACGUGUUGCUCUGAUUGGUUUUCCCAGUGUUGGAAAAUCAACACUUUUGACUAUGUUGACGGGAACACAUUCAGAAGCUGCCUCGUAUGAAUUCACCACACUUACCUGUAUCCCGGGUAUUAUUCACUACAAUGAUACUAAAAUACAACUGCUGGAUCUUCCUGGAAUUAUUGAAGGUGCUUCUGAAGGAAAGGGGCGUGGUAGGCAGGUUAUUGCAGUUGCCAAAUCAUCAGAUCUUGUCUUGAUGGUUCUUGAUGCCUCUAAAAGCGAAGGACAUAGGCAAAUCUUAACGCGGGAAUUGGAAGCUGUUGGUUUGCGGUUGAACAAAAGACCACCUCAAAUAUACUUUAAAAAGAAAAAAACUGGGGGAAUUUCAUUCAAUAGCACAUUACCAUUGACGCAUAUAGAUGAGAAGCUCUGCUAUCAGAUAUUACACGAGUACAAGAUUCACAAUGCAGAGAUUUUGUUUCGUGAAGAUGCAACAGUGGAUGACCUCAUUGAUGUAAUCGAGGGCAACCGCAAGUACAUAAAGUGCGUUUAUGUCUACAACAAAAUAGAUGUCAUUGGUAUCGAUGACGUUGACAGGUUAGCACGGCAGCCUAAUUCGAUCGUCAUAAGCUGCAACCUGAAGCUGAAUCUGGACAGAUUACUUGCCAGAAUGUGGGAUGAGAUGGGUCUUGUUAGGGUUUACACGAAGCCUCAGGGAACGGACGUCGGGCUCCAGGUCGUCGGAGAGAUUGGUGGAGGGACCGGGGUAAUCGAUCUGGUGGAAGUAGGACUUGAGCCUGUUCAGACCAUCGAGUUUCUCGCCUUUCUUGGAGCCGACGAGUUUAGCGAAGGAUGGAGUAAGGGAUUGUGGUGA